AUAAAUGUUGUUAUAGGUCUUGAGUCACGUGGAUUUCUUCUCGGUCCGGCUUUAGCUCUUCGCUUAAACUGUGCUUUUGUUCCUGCUCGGAAGAAGGGGAAACUUCCAGGCCCCUGUUACUCUCACAGUUAUGAACUGGAAUAUGGAACUGAUACCAUAGAAAUUCAGAAGGAUGCUGUCAAACCUGGGGAUAAUGUACUUCUGUUCGAUGACGUCCUAGCAACUGGAGGAAGCCUAGAAGCUUGUGUCAAAUUAGUGGAAAAGUCUGGAGCAACGAUCUUAGCCAGUUUGUUGUUUAUGGAACUAAAGGAUUUGAAUGGACGUGAAAGGUUGGAGAAGCUUGGAAUACUGGUUCACUCAAUUUUCCAAGCCUAA